AUGCUUAAGCCUAUACUGUUCUUACCAGGGAUUUUAGCGAUCAGCUUUUCCGUUAUCGGAACAGUGGACUUCAAUUGCGACGAUGCUGAUAUUUGCCAGGGAGAGGGUCCCCUCCCCGAGCGAGCGUGCUGUGGAGGGCUAGGAGGGGCUAAGUGUGUCCCCGGACACACAGAGUGCAAUGUUAAACUUGGAUACAAGUGUUCUGAACAUGGAUUCUGUACAGGUCUCUUUGGCUUGACAGUCACCAACAUCAGCAUCACAAGCAUAACCCUAUCCUGGGAUAACUUUCAACCACAAGGCUAUAGGUUUGAGUACAGUUUGUUUUAUUCUACUACGUAUUCCAACGACACGUCAAUAUGGAACCGGGAAGAGCACGGGGAUGUAUCCAUGACCACUGUGUAUGGACUACAGCCAAAUACGAUGUACUUUAUGAGAGUAGCUACCUGGCAACAGUCGGACAUCAUCGCCAACCUGACAGAGGUGGUCGUUACCAGCACGACGGUUCUGCCGUUCUGUGAUUACAACAAUAAGAAGUACAGAGUGGGACAGGAGUUCCAAAUAGACUGCGAAGACGUGUGUGUCUGUAUGACUGACGGAGAACUGGAGUGCCGUCCUGUCUGUAAUGACACUUCUCUACUUCUCCCUACAGCUCCAAACCUCGUCUGUCGUGAGGAAAUGAAGGGAUGUUGUCCUACAACUGUUUGUGACGACAAAAGCCUUCCACCAGACAGUAAAGUGGAAACCUCCGUGGCCCUUGCUAACCACAACACAUGUUCUAAAUAUAAAGAUCGCGGAGUCCAGACAUGGCAUCAGGAUUGUCACAGCUAUUGUAACUGUACCGAAGACGAUAUCACAUGUUACCCACUGUGUACAGCCAGAUCAGAGCCGGUCAUAACAAGAGAUGACUGCCGGCUUGUCAAUCAGCCUUAUCUCUGCUGUCAGCAAUGGUUAUGUCAGCCAAAUGACGUCCAUACCGUAACGUUAAACCUGACACUGCAGGUAGAAGGCAUCUGUGAUGAAACGGACCACGCCCUUCUCUCUGUACUCUCAGAGGCUGGCGCUUCCUUACUCUACUUUCACAGCUUGAGGGAGUGUUCGGUUCCUGGAGACGACGGAGUCUUGUGUACUAUAGACAGAACUUAUAUACAGUGUCCAGGACCAAGUUUGGAUACGAUACAACUCAUGUUAUCAGUUUCAUUCCAUAUACGAAUCACAAGCCAUCACAUUUCGUUAGAUAAUCUUGUUGCCUCGGUUUACAACCAGACUGAACAUAUGGUAACAUCUGCUUUGUAUGACGGAAACACGACAUUCCCUUUAGCAGCCGUCCUUGCAUCACAUCCCAUUUACACCUGCUGCAGGGGAUUCUCGUGGAACGGCUUCAAAUGUGUGAACAUUAGCGAGUCUACGGGUCGGCUGUUCCAGAUCUAUCAGGUUCUGGAACGAUCUGUCGUCCUCAACUGGUCUUUGUCAUUGUAUAACGAAGACGUCACAAGAAUGGUCGUCUGCUGGAAACAGCUGGACGAGGAAACACAAGUUACACAGAUCCCAGUCAACAAAACCAAAACAAAAAUACAUAUUACUAACCUGGACCCUUCCACUAUGUACACUGCAUGGAUGGAUGUCCUUGUACAAAACGUCACGUGGAUCCACUUCAAAGAAAUUCACUUUUUGACAACAGCAGAACCACUAAUUGACACACGUACCUACCAGAACUACCUGGUUGGAGUCAUUGUCGCCAUGGUAACCGUUACAGUGGGUGUACUGGUGGGCGUGUCAAUACUCAUUAUCCGGAAACGUUGGCUGACACACAAGAAUCAUAUACCUCAACAAAACGCCUUUGAGAACAAGAUAUUUGAGAUACGAGUAAGGGAGGACGGGAUCUACUGA